AUGGGCACCCAACCCAUUGUUCAGCUGCUGGAGAUAGAGCUUCUUGGGGACAACCCCGCUUCAUAUACGCAGGGGUUACACUGGCGUAUGCGCCUAGAAGCCCUGCAGGCGCUGCAGGAUCCCAUUUCGGUGGCGUUUGUCUGGGUGGGUAGCGCAUCGUCGGCAGACUACGACCAAGUGCUAGACUCUUUUGACAUUGGCCCACUUGAGAGGGGCACCACGGAGCUCACGAUGGAGUGUGACCCGCCGCAGGUUGAGUUAGUGCCCCCGCAGGAAGUGCUAGGCGUCACUAUUCUUGUGAUCUCAUUUCAAUAUCGGGGGCAGGAGUUUCUGCGGGUUGGUUACUACACACAGGUGGCGUACUUCGAUGUGUACCUUAACCAGUGCCCGCCAGAGUUUCCACACGGGGACCUGUUGGGGCGUUUCAUCGCAAUGCCGCGGCCAACCGUCACAGUGACGCCCAUCGCGUGGGAUGAGGCGCCCAUGAAGUGA